AACCUGGCAACCCGGCCGCCGUAGCUCGACUACAGGCCGAGAAUCCUGAAGAGCCCGGUGGCCAGGGCGGCGACGGGCUCACCUCGGCUAUCGCGAGACCGAGCAAGCCUCGCGAGUUCUCAUCUCGUGCGUGACAGGCGUGCGUGCUUUCGGGGCGCUAUGGGAGGGCUCUGGCGUCCGGGAUGGAGGUGCGCCGCUUUUUGUGGCUGGCGCUGGAGUCCCCUUGCGCCGCCGACCAGCGUUGCGCAGAGAGUCGGGCUGUGUCUCGGGCCAGGGAGGAGCGGGACUGGAGGUGCUGAGAAGGGGCUGAGGCGGCUCGGAACAUGGAGGCGCCCGAGCCUGGCCCGAGACCUCGCGUUGCAGCCGCCGCGGCGGCGGAAGAGCACGAAUCCUUACGUGCGCGCGCAGCAGGAGGAAUGGCGGCGGCGGAACAAGACGGUCCUCACGUACGUGGCCGCGGCCGCCGUGGGCAUGCUGGGGGCGUCCUACGCCGCCGUGCCUCUGUAUCGGCUCUACUGCCAGACUACUGGACUUGGAGGAUCAGUAGCAGCAGGUCAUGGAUCAGACCAGGUUGAAAACAUGGUGCCCGUGAAGGACCGCAUCAUUAAAGUCACCUUCAAUGCAGAUGUGCAUGCAAGUCUCCAGUGGAACUUCAGACCUCAGCAAACAGAAAUAUAUGUAGUGCCUGGAGAGACUGCACUGGCAUUUUAUAAAGCUAAGAAUCCUACUGACAAACCAGUAAUCGGAAUUUCUACAUACAAUGUCGUACCAUUUGAAGCUGGACAGUAUUUCAAUAAAAUACAGUGCUUCUGUUUUGAAGAACAAAGGCUUAAUCCACAAGAGGAAGUAGAUAUGCCAGUGUUUUUCUACAUUGAUCCUGAAUUUGCCGAAGAUCCAAGAAUGGCAAAUGUUGAUCUCAUCACUCUUUCUUAUACUUUUUUUGAAGCAAAGGAGGGGCACAAGUUGCCAAUUCCAGGCUAUAAUUGAAGUCAGCAACUAAGUCCUGCUUCGAAUUUGUGAUUUUUGAAAAAUCAUGUAUCUUGUCUUCUCAGAAGAGACACAUUCUACAAUAAUGUAUUCUAUUCUGUUUUAUGCCUUUUAUUUUAAAUAUGUACUGAUGUCCCCACCCCUCCAACUAAUUUACCCUACUUAAAAUUGAGAGAACAGGUUCAGCUUUUUAGCAUUAGGAAUCCACGUGCCUGUUUAGAAUGUAUGACUGUUCAAAACCAAACUUUGCUAAGUAUUAUAAGAAACUGCUUUGUUUCUUAAACAUGUAGGCAUGGCCCCCUUCCAAAUAUUAGCACUACAUACUUGUAGCAAUAAUUUUUUUUAAAUGCCGUGUUGUGUUAGGUUCUAGGUCAGAACUUCUGGCUGUAUUUCUAAAACAGUUGGUUACUACUUUUUUCAUUGUGUAUAGUCACUGUUUUAAAAGCUCAAGAUGGAAGAGGAAUCACUAAGCCCUGUUUGAAAUUUUGGUAUCUUGAAAUGAAAUGCAAGUAUCUACCAGGCUGCUAGUAUUUCUUGUGAUAGUUCCAAGUCCCUGAAAUGUUAAAAUGUAAGUGUGGGAAAUGUGCAGAUUACUGACAUUAGAAGUUCUGUAAUGAGCAACUCUAUAAAAAAGAUGUAUUAAAUUGUUUUAAUAGUAA